AAAUUGGCCAAAAAAAUUCUAAAUCAGCCACUCCACCCUCCAAUCACCGUUUUCCACCACCGUAAUCUUCCGCAGGCGCUGGUUAGGUUCACGGCGGUCGCCGCCGGCUCGUUUCGUGUUCUACUGCUUAUUUGCUCGUGUAUCGAUUUGAUCGGAGCUCCUGCUCCUCGCGCUUUAAAUAGUUCGUCGUGCUCUUUGUUUUCCGGCAUAAUCAAGCUGGUAAUAUGGUGCCUGGGCUACCGCUGCAGGCUGGAGAUCCUGUAACCACACAGAUGCAUAAUCCUGAAAAUGGGGGAACACGCAAAUAUAUGCAAUUGAAGGUAUUGGAAUUUCUUCUGAAUCGUCGUCAACAAACUCGGGAGGUACCAAAAAAGAAGAUGGAGGAUUUGGUGAGGCGCUUAGAAGAGGGUUUGUACAAGACUGCUACGACGAAGGACGAAUAUCUAAACCUGGAAACGUUGGGAAGUCGUUUGUCCGUCCUUGUCAAACCCCUUAUUACGAGCAGUCACAACCAGCAGAAUUAUUCAGCUUCUACCAGUACAAUGAUUCCGACUCCCGAAUUUCAAGAAAUUGGUAGUUCGAGCUUUGUCGGAAGUUCAUCCAUGGACGGCUGAGCCACCACUACCACCACCACCACCGGAGGAACAUGACAUUCGCCAUUAGAGGAACUCGAUUGAUACAAUACUUGGAUUCCGUAUAUUCUUCUCUUAUAUCUUUUAUCUAACAAAUAUUGAGUUGACUUAGAGGGUGUUUGGCUAAGCUUAUUUUAAACAGCUGAUAAGCUCUUACGUCUG